CUCACACGAGCAAGCGUCGCGGCGGCGAUGGUUGGAAAGGCCAAGGUCACAUUCCACCUUCCAUUCAUCUACGGCGCCAAGGCAAAGUCCACGAUAGCCAAGGAAGAGCAAGCGAACCGCCUGGACAGUUUCUGGUUCUGCGAAGCACAACGACCUCAGACAGACAUCGAUGGUGAUGUUCGCGUCGAGUCGGCGAAACCUGGCAAGGACAACACGUACAUUAUCGAGAACCGUCGACUACAAUCGCUUUUACGACGGAAGAAGCAGCACGGCCAUGUCAAGUUGUGUAGGGCUAAGAGAGCUCCACGGCCACGCAUCGUCGACGACCUAAUAUCCCUCGAACAUCGCUAUCAAAAGAGUGCCCAGUGUGUCCAGCGAGCAUGGCGCCGGUACAGUGCGCGGAGUUUCUUGCAACGCUACUUCGCUGCGGUCAAGGCCGCCAUCACAAUUCAACGCCACAUCCGAGGGGUCCUCUGCCGCAAGCUGGUUCGACUGUGGAACCUGUCCCGAUUGCGCUUCGUCGCCAAGAUCCAGGCCGUGUACAGAGGACACUUGACCCGCCGCGUUUUCCAGACACAACUCGCAUGGGAGACGUACAACGUAAACGUGAUUCAGAAAUGGACGCGUGGGCAUUGCGGUCGACGGCGGGCACGAGCCGCACGGAACGACCUGGCCGCCGAACGCAUUCAAUGCCUCUGGCGCGGCUACCAUAGUCGAAAGUUGUCCGACCGAAAAUGGCUUGGCGUCAAGGCCACGACGAUUCAAUCCCACAUGCGACGGUUCCUCUCCCAAAAGCGCACGCAGGACCAAAGUCAGCGGUACCAUGCCGCUGCCAUCGCGAUGCAGCGACUGUUUCGCGGCACUUUGGCACGUGCGCGCGUUGAAAGUAUGAUGCGAGACCGAGAAACGCACAAUCGCAAGGUCGUGAUGGACGUUCUCGACGCUGAGAUUGCAUGGCAGACUACGCAUCUUGACAAACUCCAGCGCCGCUUGGACAAGUCCAGCCUCGAAACCAAGGUCGUCGAACUGGAAGGCGAGCUCCACCGCCUUCAUAUCAAGGUUAACGAUAUGGAGAGCAUCUACAUCGACAUGUCGGACCAAAAGGCCAGGAUGUCCCCGCGUGCAAUCACGGACGGCUGGCUGAGUGAAAUGGAAGACAAGAUGGCAAAGCAACGGCGUCGGAUCACGAACGCCAAGCUGGACGCAGUCUUUGGUCUCGGUUACACGUUCAAGCUCGAUCUCGCGACGCUGAACACGCACCGCGAGCGGCUAGCACGCGCGACAUUUCGCAAGAACCAACUUGUGAAGUGGCGCACAGAAGAGUAUAUCGACUACUGGACGAGGGAGAUGCACCACCAAGCUCAAGUGCGAGAAGAAGAGUUUCGCCGUCGCGUUGCCGACCAGCGGCGCAAGUGGACUGUCAAGGUUUUCACCAAGUCGGGUAAAGUGCAGGUACAUCGGCCCGCGCCACGCGUGGACACUACAUUUUGCAUGGGCAACACAAACCUCUUGGCCGGCUCCGCGCCGACGUCCGACUCGACAACGCACGCCAUCGCGAAUCUCACAGACCAAGUCAAGCUCGUAACAGUUCAGUCCCAGUUGGCUCAAGCCACGGACAUGUUUGCCCCUCUCCUCCACCGAUUCUCAUCCACACAUGCAGCCGUCCACCAAAUGGUUCAGGGCUGCACCUCCCCCGCUAGACUGCCUCCCCAGGAUUCCAUGUUAACCACGAUGGCAUCGAGUCCACCGCGUUCCCCCGCCAAAGGCGACUCCACCGCCGCCCCACGUGCCGCUGUCGCUCCCACGAAGCCACACGCCAAGUCGCCGACAAGGGGGCCGAGCGAGGACAAGCCCGGUCCCCGAUCGGCCGCUGUGCCUUGGCAACUCCUCGAUCAACUCGAAGCGGAAAAGACUAAAUUCAAAACCGAAUUGAUUGCUCGGAAGGCAGGGUUUACCCAGCACAAGCGGUGCAGCAAGAAAAGUCCACCAACAUCUUGAAUGCUUGUGGUCACGCUCGUCUCGACUACAGCGCUCCCUUACUCAAUUUGGAUGGACCAUUCAGCCGUCGCGCCGACAUUGGGCUUGCGAAUCGUCAAUGCGUCUUCAAUCGAGUCGUACGCGGUUUCCAACUCCGUGACCGUGUGCUCGUUGCCGCUGGUCAAUGUCGCCUUGGUCGCUGGCUUUUGCAUCCCCACAACCACAAUGCGCUCCACUGUGACAUCCGACAGAUAUCCAUUCGAGAUGACGCGGGACGUGAGUGUGCCGUGGUCAAAUGUAAACUGCACUUGGGAGAAUUUUUUGUCCGUCUCGAAUGCAAACGUGUGCUCGUCGUCGAUGUACAGCUCGCCCGUGGCAGUCUUGGCGUGGUUGAGGGCCACGACCAGUGUGUACGGGUCGCGGCGCAUGAGUGCCGAGCUGCGGCGGACGCGCCAGCGCUGGGGCAGGAUGCUGCCGCCGCGUUGAAACACUGGAAUGUAGUCGAUCGGCGCCGCCACCGAGUGCGUGGCCCCGCCCGCAACGCGCUUGUAGCUACACACGCAUUUACAUUUUCUCUCGCCGACAAGCACCGUACCUUUCGUGGAUGUUAUACCACACGUCCGUGCCGGGAAGAUAAACGUUGGCCGACGUCAUGCCCGCCGACGUGAUCGGAUGCACGAGGAUGUCCCCACCUAGCAAGAACGAGUCUUCCACACUAAACGACUCGGCAUCCCUUGUGAACUCCAUCCACAACGGCCGCAUCACCGGCAGCCCCGACACGCUGCACGUAUGGAACACCGUGUACAAAUAGGGCAGAAUGACAUAGCGACGGCGAAUGGCUUGCCGGAUGCGACCGGUGUGGGGUUCGCCAAACACCCACGGCUCGCGGCGGUCCGAGUCGUGAUGGGCAUGGCCGCGGAAGAACGGCUGGUACGUCGCGGCUUGGCUCCAUCGGGUCACAAGCUCGGCAUCCGGGUUGCCGAAGAAGCCUCCGACGUCAGCGCCGACAAACGUGAGCGACGCGACGCUCAUACUGAGCAGCAUCUUGGUCGCGUAAUUCAGAUGGCCCCAGUCGGCCUUGUUGUCCCCAGUCCAGAUCGCACCAUACCGCUGGCUCCCGGCAAAGAAUGCCCGACUCAACACAAAUGGUCGUUCAACUGCGGCAGACAGGGGAAUCGGGGCGUCAUCAGAGGCAGGAAUGUCGGAUGGUUGGAGCUGGCGAACCAGUUGGCCUUCCAUCGUCGCGCGCUGCAUGUAGUACCCGUACAAGUUGUGCCACUCGCGGUGCUCGACGCCGGCGCGACUGAGGCAACUCUUGCGCAUGCUGACUUCCGGCCCGUUGAACACACUCGGCUCGUUCAUGUCGUUCCACGUGUACAAGUCGAGGGAGCUCCCAACGUACUUGUCCAGGCGGAAUUGGGACGCCCACCACCGUCGCGCCUUGGCCGACGUGAAAUCGACGUACGAAGAGCUACCGGGCCAGCACCACCCGUCAAACUCGUUGCCGUGUUCGUCCGUGAUAUAAACUUGUUGCGUCUGCGCAUCGGUGUGGACGGCGUAGUUCGAGUCCCGCUUCAUGUGCGGGUCCACGAUGGUCACCAUCUUGCGGCCGACCGCCGACAGAGACGCUUGCAUGUCGAGCGGGGUCGGAAACGCAUGCUUGUCCCACGUAAAGUAUCGCUUUCCAUCCGUGUGCUCAAUGUCGAGCCACAGGACAUCGUACGGAAUGACGUGCGUAUCAAAACCUUCGUUGACGCGGGAUACGUCCAAUUCGUUCUUGUAGUUCCAUCGGCAUUGGUGGUACCCGAGCGCAAACACGGGGGGCAGCGACGCCCGCCCCGUGAGCGUUGUGAACUGGUUCGCCACGGCGGCCGGCGUCGGGCCUGGCAGGACAAACAAGUCGAUCCACCCACUCUCGCUCAUCCAGUGCGUCGAUUUCUGCGUCAAAGAUGGGGUCGCAAUGUCGACAAACGUUUCCGACGGGUUGUACCAAAACACACCAACAGUGUUGGCAGGACUCGCCGCCAUCAUCAUGGGAAUGUGGCCGUACAACGCCAUCGGCUCGUUCAACUCGUACUCGAACACGUCCAAGUUAUACAAACGGUAUGGGUCCGUCACAGGCGAGCUAGUAGGAUGCUUAGAGAACGAUCGGAGAUGUGGCGAAGCACUUACUUGUCCGGAGCCAACGUGUCCUUCAACACGAAAUCCGUCGCGUGCUCGGGGAUGCCGUACAAGUACCGAUCCGACCCGUGGAAAUGGACGUCCAGACCGACCGCCGUCGAUCCAAACUUUUUGUGGUCCGUGUGGCCGCCAAACGACUCCUGCCACGCGGACGAGUCGUCCGUUGUUGCGGCGGGGACGUCCUCCGCUUCGCCCUUGACUUGGUGCGUCCCAUCGGCGUAGAUGGCAAGCCCAUCUUCCCCGUAAUCAACGAUUUUCUUGCCGCCAUGGACGUCAACUUCGGCAGGGGUGUCUGCCGCAGUGUCGGCACUGCUGUUGUCGCUCUUGUUUUUGCGCGCGUCGUAAUGAAGUUUCCCCCGGGUGUUGGUGGACACGACCAGCUCUCCAUUUACGUACACUUCCAUCGCGAACGCCUUGGGUUUGCCGCGAAGCACGACCAACGUCUGCGUGCUGCUCGCCGACGUCGAUUGAAACGCGACGUCCUCCGCAGCGAUGGAAGUGAGAGGGGACGACGUGAUACGGUCAAACGACGAGUGUGUCGUGUCCACGAGCACGUCUUUGGGUUGCCACCGUGGCUUGGAGAUGUCGUUCUCUGCAUUGUGCGAAGCAAACAACUCGCCGUCAAACGGGACUUCCGAAGUGCGCAAACGCACGGCGCCAGAUUCAAGGAAACUCAACGAUGCAUGCAGCGGUUUCGUGGCCGUCGAUGGCACAAGUGAAAAGUAGUACACAGACGGCGUCGUGGAGUCAGGUUUUGCGACAAACGAAUAUGUUGUACUGUCGAUGUUGCCUGGAGAUUGGCGCUGCGACGCACAAAACGCAGCUUGGUCACAGCGACGGAACUUGCUUCGAUCUACGGCACCGACGGACGACGACAAAGCCGCGAUUGCGAGCGCUACCGCGAGCCACGCCGACACACGUCCGAAACCGACCAUCGCGUUCGAGUUGCUGACGAA